CAGAUCGAAGAAACUACCAGAAAAACACCCAAAAAUUAAUUCAUUACUAUAUUUCUAAGCUACGACUCUUCCCAUAUCCAAACUCUCUCAUACAAAAAAUAAAAAAAUCCAAACUUGUUCCCUUUUUCGUUUUGGGAUUCCUUCAAAUAACAAAAUCAAUAGAAAAAAGAUCAUAUUUUUUUGGUGGGAUUUUGGAAUAUUUGAUGGAGGAGCUCAAUUUGUGAAAAUAAAAAAACACACUCCAUAGAAGAAGAGUAAAGAAGAAGAAGAAGGAGCAGAAUGCAGAAAUUGGUGGCUCCUCAUAGUCAUAGACCAAUUGUAUCAAGAACAAAGCUUCCCUUGUUAGCUGUGGUGGACACUCUACCAUGUUGUGCCACUCUUUCUAAAAACGCCAUUUUUACUUCUUUAAGAUGUAGAGAGCUCUCGAGUUCUUUAAGUGGCUCGGUUCGAGUUCAAGCAUCUAACGCCAGCAUUGGAUCGGGGGGAUAUGAUGGAAGGGAGGAUAAUGAGAGCAAGAAACUAUUUACCACAGGUUCCUCUAGUGACAAUGCACCUGAAAUUCAAAAGCCACAGAACCAACUUCCUUAUCCCGUCGCUAUUGCUUUUGUGCUGGUCGGUUGUGGUUUGUUAUUUUCACUCAUUGCCUUUGUGAAAGGAGGACCAUCAUCAAUUUUAGCAGCAAUUGCAAAGUCGGGUUUCACCGCUGCAUUCUCAUUGAUAUUUGUGUCUGAAAUUGGGGACAAAACAUUCUUUAUUGCUGCACUCUUGGCCAUGCAAUAUGAGAAAGGGCUGGUUUUGUUGGGCUCAAUGGGUGCUCUUUCACUAAUGACAGUUCUCUCGGUUGUCAUUGGGCGAUUAUUUCAUUCUGUACCAGCUCAGUUUCAAACAACCUUGCCAAUUGGAGAAUAUGCAGCUGUAACUCUUCUACUGUUCUUCGGUAUUAAAGCAUUAAAAGAUGCAUGGGACCUUCCAUCGAGUAGUACCAAGAGCGGUGACAACAGUAGUCCUGAACUUGAUGAGUAUGCCGAAGCUGAGGAGCUUGUGAAAGAAAAGGCAUCAAAGCGACUCUCCAAUCCGCUGGAAAUUAUUUGGAAGUCAUUCAGCCUUGUAUUCUUUGCUGAAUGGGGAGAUCGUUCAAUGCUGGCAACAAUCGCUCUUGGUGCCGCACAGUCUCCGUGGGGCGUGGCAAGUGGGGCCAUAGCCGGACACCUACUCGCUACAGUUAUUGCAAUCAUAGGAGGGGCAUUUCUCGCCAACUACAUUUCCGAAAAAUUGGUUGGCUAUUUGGGAGGUGUACUGUUUCUAGUUUUCGCAGUAGCCACAUUUUUCGGAGUUUUUUAGAACAUUUUUUGCACAACUCAGAGAAUGUAGAUGAGGAAGAAUUAUAUUCUGCUUUUUGGGCUCUUUUUGAUUAGUAGGAAGGAGGCAUUUGCAGAUUGUUUACUCUUUAUAUGGCUUUGUUACUUUCUAGUUUCUUGUAAGGAGAAAAGGCUCCUCUUAUUGAAGCUAUAGACUAGUUAUUGUUAAAUUAAUAAUUGAAAAGUACUAAAUUAUAUUUCAUGAACUUUUUAUGUUAUUAAAAAUUCUUUCUAAAUUAUUAAAAUUAUUGGAUUUAAGGAUUUAA